AUGGCGACAGGUAGAAGACAGAUAAAGAAAAAAUAUCCAGAAGAAAAAUCAGAACUAAAAGUGUUUGAUUUUAAUAAAGAAGAUGCAAAGAAAGACCUGAGCGGCUCAGAGGACGAUGUCAAAGAAGAUAAUACUCCAAAAGUGGACAAAUCGGCGAAGAAAAGACCUGCAGCUGACUUUGAAGAGGACGGCGCCAUGUGUGCUAUGGGAAAUGAGGUACAAUCUAUGUUGGAUAAAUUUGGAGCUGAUAUCAGCAAAGUGAUGCAGGCCAAGAGGAAACGUCUGGAGAGUCUGACCAAGAACUACAUGAAGGGAAGCCAGCACAAGCUGGAGCAGCUGUGGAGCACACAUCACAACCAGAGGCAGAGGAUGACUCAGCAGUACUCCCAGCAGGUGUCCACAGCGCUGCAGCAGUGGGAGGCGGAGGCCCAGCGAGCGGAGGAGCAGGAGGAGCAGCUUAACAGUCUGUUCAGGCAGCAGCAGAAGAUCCUGCAGCAGGCCAGAGUGGUGCAGAAACAAAAGCUGCAGACUGUCAGAGAGCUCUACGAGCAGUUUGUCAAGGUGAGGCCUUUAACACCUGCGCUUACACUGUCGAGUGUUUUCAAACGCCAUAUCACAUUCUGCCGACAACUGCAGGAAAUAAUCCCUCACAAAAACCUUCUGUGGAGAUGUAAAGUCCCUCCCCUUCCUGUGUCCACCUCUGGAUCUUAUUAA